CCAGUGGGGCGGAGAAAGGAGGGCAGGCCCCAGGCGGGAAGGAGGGAGGAAAAGAGGCGAGAGGAGGAGUUUUCCAGCCCGGCCUUCGCCCGCCCGCUAGCACACAGUCCCUUGGUCUCUUGGGUCUCCUCCCGCCCCUGGAAGCGCGCUGCGCUGCCGAGGCGAGCUAUGCGCCCGCUCGCCAUGGGGAGCCCCGCACACCGGCCCGCGCUGCUGCUGCUGCUGCUGCCUCUGCUGCUGCUGCUGCUGCGCGUCCCGCCUAGCCGCGGCUUCCCAGGAUCGGGAGACUCACCACUAGAAGACGAUGAAGUCGGGUAUUCACACCCUAGAUAUAAAGAUACCCCGUGGUGCUCCCCCAUCAAGGUGAAGUAUGGAGAUGUGUACUGCAGGGCCCCUCAAGGAGGAUACUACAAAACAGCCCUGGGAACCAGGUGCGACAUUCGCUGCCAGAAGGGCUACGAGCUGCAUGGCUCUUCGCUACUGAUCUGCCAGUCAAACAAACGAUGGUCUGACAAGGUCAUCUGCAAACAAAAGCGAUGUCCUACCCUUGCCAUGCCAGCAAAUGGAGGGUUUAAGUGUGUAGAUGGUGCCUACUUUAACUCCCGGUGUGAGUAUUACUGUUCACCAGGAUACACGUUGAAAGGGGAGCGGACCGUUACAUGUAUGGACAACAAGGCCUGGAGCGGUCGGCCAGCCUCCUGUGUGGAUAUGGAACCUCCUAGAAUCAAGUGCCCAAGUGUGAAAGAACGCAUUGCAGAACCCAACAAACUGACAGUCCGGGUAUCCUGGGAGACACCCGAAGGAAGGGACACAGCAGAUGGCAUUCUUACUGAUGUCAUUCUGAAAGGCCUCCCGCCAGGCUCCAACUUUCCAGAAGGAGACCACAAGAUCCAGUACACAGUCUAUGACAGAGCUGAGAAUAAGGGCACUUGCAAAUUUCGAGUUAAAGUAAGAGUCAAACGCUGUGGCAAACUCAAUGCCCCAGAGAAUGGUUACAUGAAGUGCUCCAGCGAUGGGGAUAAUUAUGGAGCCACCUGUGAGUUCUCCUGCAUCGGCGGCUAUGAGCUCCAGGGUAGCCCUGCCCGAGUAUGUCAAUCCAACCUGGCUUGGUCUGGCACGGAGCCCACCUGUGCAGCCAUGAACGUCAAUGUGGGCGUCAGAACGGCAGCUGCACUUCUGGAUCAGUUUUAUGAGAAAAGGAGACUCCUCAUUGUGUCCACACCCACAGCCCGAAACCUCCUUUACCGGCUCCAGCUAGGAAUGCUGCAGCAAGCACAGUGUGGCCUUGAUCUUCGACACAUCACCGUGGUGGAGCUGGUGGGUGUGUUCCCGACUCUCAUUGGCAGGAUAGGCGCAAAGAUUAUGCCUCCAGCCCUAGCGCUGCAGCUCAGGCUGUUGCUGCGAAUCCCACUCUACUCCUUCAGUAUGGUGCUAGUGGAUAAGCAUGGCAUGGACAAAGAGCGCUAUGUCUCCCUGGUGAUGCCUGUGGCUCUGUUCAACCUGAUUGACACUUUUCCCUUGAGAAAAGAAGAGAUGGUCCUACAAGCCGAAAUGGGCCAGACCUGUAACACCUGACAUGAUGGUUCCUCUCUUGGCGGUUCCUCUCUUGGCUGUUCCUCUUCAUUGUCUACAUAGUGACAUGCACAUGGGAAAGCCUUAAAAAUAUCCUUGAUGUACAGAUUUUUAUUUGUAAUUUUUAAAGUCUAUUUUAUUAUGAGCUUUCUUUGCACUUAAAAAUUAGCAUGCUGCUUUUUGUACUUGGAAGUGUUUCAAAAAACUUAAAUGACUGUAUUUACUCUUUCUAACUUUCUUUACUCCAUCAUGGCUGGUUGAUUUUGUAGAGAAAUUAGAACCCAUAACCAUACACGGGCUAUCAACAUGUUAUUCAAUGUGAUACCUAACUCUUUUCUAUUUUGUUUUUUAAAUAAGACUUUUAUUAAUAAAAUGUUUUGGAGCAAA